CGUGUAUCCGACUACGUAUCUGCAACACGCGUUCUAUGUAUAUUAUACGGUAAUUUCGCUUGUUUUACAAACCCGAAUAUCGAUAUGCCGUAUUGUAUAUUUUAUUCGUGAUAUUAUACGUGAUUCGUAAUUUCGUACCCAUAUGGUGCCAGGCACCAAAAUGUCUAAUAAAACGGAGGCCGCGCGCAAACCUUUCCACGACGACGAUGACGACGACACAUCAAAAAUAAACCGGCCCUUAUUACCAGCCCCGAAUAUACGAAGGUAUCUCCGCAGACGGUAGGGUUCCGUCCUCUCGUUGUUCGUUCCGACCGUGUCAGCACCGGGAAAAGGAAAAAAAAAUGAUUUUCGAUUUAAAUUACAAGAUCGAUGUGCCGCAUCUGAAAAGAGGUGACGUCAGAUUCAAAUACGUGUUGAACAUCAUGACUAAUCAAGAAGAAAGAGUGGUGCUGUUAACGAAGUCCAAAACCGUGACGUCCACAGUGUUGGUGAUCGAACGUCAGGUAGACAACAACAAUGAUGAACGAAACGAGAAAAACGAAUACAUAGCUGGUGGAGAGCAUAGCGGCAUCGUGAUCAGCAAAUUCAGAAAAUACGAUGAUGGAGACGAGACGCCAGCUGACACUUCCGUUCAGUUCACCGUAUGCCUGGUCAACGGCCAAACUGGUGUGCACACGAAAGAGAGGCGGACCAUACGGUUUUGGUGCAACAGGGACGAACCGCCAGCGGACGCAUCGGCGACGGCUUCACAAUUCUUCCAGGACCUGGUGCUGCCGGAUCGGUUCCCCCACGAUUACGUGGGCUUCGUGAAGAGACUGCUGGUGUUGAUGCACAAGGGUUACAAGUGUCUGUCCAAACUUGAAAUCGAACUAAAACAGUUGGAGAAAACCGCGGUGAAGCCAGCGCCCAAUCGAGUAUCAGUUGAAAGCCCAACGGCGGUUAAUUUGGAAAUUUCGCGAGUAAAACUACGUGAACUGAUAGAAUCUUCUUAUCCCAAUCCACUAACCGUAGACGACAUAAACAAAAAACAUGGAUGGAAACAUUCUGACAUCAGGGAUAACCUAGAGGAACUACAAAAGUCUGGGAUCGUCAAGCCCGUCGAUGGUGGCUACACGAGAGUUGUCCUUCACGAUAAAAUUGUAGAACAAAUCCCCAUCAUACAUUACAACCGGCAACCAACUGUGGCCAUCAUCACGGCCGAGUAUUGCGAAAAAGUGGCUGUCGACACGCUCAUCGAAAACAAAGAAACGUUUGUACGAUACACUACGGUUGGCGAAUCAAACGUUUAUACAAUCGGAAAAAUGGGAAACCACAGCGUAGUUUGCACCAAACUUCCCGUGUUAGGUCAAAGUCGAGAAGCUACGACUGCUGCGGGCAAUGCAAUAACUCGCUUGCUAGGAACAUUUCAAAAAGUCGAACACGUAUUCGUGUGCGGUGCUGGAGGCGGCGUACCACAUUACACGAACUACGACAAACACGUGAAACUAGGAGACGUGGUCGUUUCUCAUUACGGAAACAAUCAAAAGGCUGUCUACACGUAUUGUGAGAAAGUCGUCGCCGAAAAUGGAAACAUAAAUUUCCAUUGCCGCCAGUACAGUCCGAAAGUAUUCGAUAUUCAGAUAGCUGCGAUGAAAUUGCAAACUGAAGUGAAAUCGGUGGACGACUGCAAAAAGUCGUUGUGGGACGAAUACCUAAGGGAAGGUCUGAACGCAAUCGAAGAACAAAAUAUGACGGACGAGUUGGAUUUCAAACGGCCGCCGGCGGACUCGGACACUCUUCAAAUGUACAUCGGCGGAACGGAAGUGAUCGAAAUCGCGCAUCCGGUUUGCCGACGGAAGGACGGUGGUGACCGGCAGCAGCAAUUAGGCCCGAGGAUACACGUGGGUCCGAUCGGCGGCGGUCGGAGCGCCAUGUCCUGCGAGUUCGAGAGACAAAAGUUCGCUGCCGAGUACAAGCUGCUGGCCAUUGACUCGGAAUUCGACUCGGUCAUGGGGUCGCUGAUGGGCAACUAUUGUCAUUCGUACGCGGUGGUCCGGGGCAUAUCGGACUACAAAUACGGGUCGGCGAAAAACAAAUGGCAGCCGUACGCCUCGUUGGCCGCCGCGUCCGUCGUCAAAGCGAUCCUGUCCAUAAUCAACGUGUAAAUGACACGAUGACACCGUGCUCGUUCCCGGACCGUCUCCGUGAACUGAUAUUAUAAGAGCCCGCACGUUAUUAGUUCAUAACUACGCAUCGCUCACGUCCAUACGUCGUCGUCGAAGACUUUUGACUAAACAUUAACGAAAUACAACGCGGUUUUAUGGGUUAUUGUUCCGAAUAUUAAACGUAGUGAUAUAAUGUAGUGUACUGUGUAAGUUAUAUUGUCUAGUCCAUAAGACAAAUAUCGAUAACGUUACAGAUGUUGUUGAUUAUAUGUUUAUCGAGACCCAUUUAUAUACAUAUUGUUUAUUGAAAUUUGUAAAUUUCAAAAUUUGUUCGCUUGCUGCGGCUAUCUAAUAUAAGCACUCCUGACGA